AUGGGGUCCACCAGCUCCCUCUUUCCAGGGAGGCUCAGGAGUCUGGCCCUCAAUGUCAGCCCCGCCCAUUCGGAGACUGGGCUUGUUCAAGCGCGACCCGGGGACUCCCGGGCCUGUGGGCGGGGCCCUGCCCUUGACUGGGCGGGGCCAGAACCCCAGUUUAAAAACUCGCGGGGCACCGACCCUAGAUCGGGGACCCGGCGGCGGCUUCGCGGGGGAAGAGCGAGGCUGGCGCAGCGCCGAGGCCGCGGCCCUGGGGGCCCGCAAUCCGCGCCACGGAAUCCGCGAGUGAGCCGGAGUGAACGCAGCCACUGCCCAUCACAGACCGUGAAGAAGCUCCUGGAAGAACAGAGGCGCCGUCAGCAGCAGCCGGAGGCUGGUGGGGUACCGGGACAGUUUCCGCCUCCCCUGGCCCAGUCCCUGACCUCAUCUGUGAAUGAGAGUGAGGCUGGCCAUUCUCGCUUCCCAGUACACCAAGAGACUGUGGGUUCUGGACUUGGCAGCCUGGCUCCCACCACAGGCUUUCCAGACUGGGACCCCAACACGCAUGCUGCCUACACAGACAGCCCCUACUCUUACCCUGCUUCUGCUGCUGAAGGCUUCCCGACUCCUGACUUCUACCCGCCCUCCGACCCAGGGCGGCAGUGUUCAUUUUCUGUGGGGAUGGAGGCAGGAUCCUGGAGAGGUUCCGGACUCCCCCUAGGACCCCCACAGUUACCCCCUAUGGCCACUGGACCAUCCCUGGACACAGCCCGUGCUCACAUGCUGGCUUUGGGGCCACAACAGCUGCUGGCCCAGGACGAGGAGGGAGACACGCUCCUGCAUCUGUUCGCGGCUCGGGGGCUGCGCUGGGCAGCAUAUGCCGCAGCUGAGAUGCUCCAAGUGUACAAACAUCUAGACAUCCGUGAGCAUAAGGGCAAGACCCCUCUCCUGGUGGCUGCUGCCGCCAACCAGCCCCUGAUUGUGGAGGAUCUACUGAACCUCGGAGCAGAGCCCAAUGCCACUGAUCAUCAGGGACGUUCUGUCUUGCAUGUGGCUGCUACCUAUGGGCUUCCAGGAGUCCUCUCGGCUGUGAUUAACUCGGGGGUUCAGGUUGACCUAGAAGCCAGAGACUUCGAGGGCCUCACCCCUCUCCACACAGCCAUCCUGGCCCUCAACAUUGCUAUGCACCCACCUGACCUAUGUCCCCGGGUGCUGAGCACCCAGGCCCGAGACAGGCUGGCUUGUGUCCAGAUGUUGCUGCACAUGGGUGCUGAUCACACCAGCCAGGAGAUCAAGAGCAAUAAGACAGUUCUGCAUCUGGCUGUGCAGGCCGCCAAUCCUACCCUGGUUCAGCUGCUGCUUGAGCUGCCCCAGGGAGACUUGCGGGCCUUUGUCAACAUGAAGGCCCAUGGGAACACAGCCCUCCACAUGGCGGCCGCCCUGCCCCCUGGGCCCCCCCAGGAGGCUAUCGUGCGGCGCCUGCUGGCAGCUGGGGCAGAUCCAACACUGCGAAACCUGGAGAAUGAGCAGCCUGUCCACCUGCUGCGGCCUGGGCCGGGCCCUGAGGGGCUCCGGCAGCUAUUGAAGAGGAGCCGUGUGGCACCCCCAGGCUUGUCCUCUUAGGACUCAAACCCAGAACCUGGACUGAUUUUCCAGUCCCCACCGUCCUGUGGGACAGCCAGCGUAUGCUAAUGUUGCAAAUCCAUGAUAAUGUAUGUGGAAUGUCCUGCCAUUGGGGUCUUACAUUAA